AUGUCUUCUCGACGCAAGAAGAGUAGAUCGCGAAGCCGAAUCCGAGCUAGCAAUGGAGACGCACCCUCCCACUUUACAUGGGAAGAGGUUAGGGCCGAAACACUCCGCCUAGUCGUUCGCGACCUGGGCAUCAGCACGAAGGCAGCACCGAAAACAAGAGAUGGCGUCAUAGUCUUUAUACAAUCGGUUCAGGCGAAUGGCUUAUCAGUGGCUCAGGCGCAACUUGACGAUGGCGCCUCAGUGACCUCUUCAGCGGCCGGCUCUGGAUUUCCAUUUCCUUGGGAAAAGCUCACGCCGACUGUCCUUCGUGCUGUGAUGCGCGACAUAGGCGCUCCUACUAGUAUCACCAUGAAGGAUCGCGGUGAUCUGAUAGACUACAUUCAAGCAGCAGAGAGUACCGGCUUCUCUUCUACUGCAGGGGACGUUGAGAUGGCAAGCCAGAGCUCAGCCGCGCCUUCCCGUGCUUCUCGCAAACGCCCGGCCACUCCCGAGAUUGAAGCAACGUUCACACCAGCCCCGACUCCGAAGCGAGGACGUAAAUUGGAUCGGAAGGCGUCAGGGUCAAGCUCGCAUGCCGGCAACACAGCGGACGACAAGCCCAAGAUGAAGUCGCAUAAGCCUCGUGGACGAACCCGGUCUUUGUCUCGCAGCGGCUCAAAUGUCGUUGAAGUCGACCUCUCCCUUGAAGACGUCGAAGAGUUGCUCGCGCGGGAGCCUCCUUCAGCUUAUCUGGACAUAGUGUCUCUGCAACCUCGCAAACUCGACGAUGGCGCAGUCUAUCAGCUACUCUCGAAAAACAUUCACCGUGUACGGCGCAUAUCUUGCGUGGACAUGAGUGCUGUCAUAUCGGACGUACUUGAGAACUACGUCGCGCCUGUGCUCGAGGAGUUGAGGAUGUCCGGCGAAGACGUCUUUCCUCUCAGCGCGUUCUCGCCCGAGGCCCCUCGUCUCUCGCGACUAUACCUGCCCACGGUCGACCGGCUGGUUCUCCCAACCGAGUUGUGGGCGAACGUCACAGUUUUCUCUGUGCAACACGUACAAAGCGAACCUACGCCGAAAGGCAUAUUACGUGUCAUCAACGCAUUGGCUCCCAGCAUCGAGAUUCUCCGCAUACCGUGCGGUCUCACUCUGAGGGAACCCUUGCCAGCGCCUCCCUCCAUCGCACUGAACCACCUGGAAGACCUCGCAUUGUCCGGACCGGCGCACUACUGCGCAUUUGUUUUGAAGGCUCUCGAGUUCGGCCCCUUCGUGACCGUGUUAUUCGAUGCGUCUUACCAUGAAGACUACUCGCCACACGUCCUCGACCUGGACCGACGUAUAGGUCUCGUCAACCUCAUCUGGGGCAAUACCAUCUCUGCGGCGCCCACGCGAACGCUCGCAGUCUCCUACACGGCACCCGAAUCCAUCGACGGUGAUUCUACCGCCCAGUUGAGCGUACACGGUUGGCAAUACGAGACCGUCGUUGACGGUGUACCGGACUUUCGAAUCUCCCAGGAGCACCCAGCCAAUGUGCGCGCUGACGUAACCGGUGUCUACGACCUCGGAUACGAACGUGUCCCACAAUACGCCGUCUACAACCUAUUGCUGCCUGUCCUCGCCCUCGAGACCGCAUGUCUCCUUUCACUACGCCUCGAACCGCAUGUCAAGAACUUCGGGCAGCUUCAAGACGACGGGCCGCAUCCAGGCUCGGCGUGCUGGGAUGCCGACCUUUGGUCCGUCCCCUUCAGCCAAGCAAGACAGCUAUCUCACCUCCGCGUCAUCGCACCGGGGGCGGCUUCAACGGCUGUAGAGCUUAUCGACGCUCUCGCGGACAACUCAGAGGAGCCGACCACUAGGCGUCCGCCAUUCACAUUCCUGUUGCCGGCGCUCCGCACCUUGACACUAGCUCAUGUUCCAGCUACCAGCAUGUCGCUGAGUGUGGAAAGCGCUCGGACGGCGGUGCAAGCCGUUCGCGAACUCAUCGAGGUCAGGGCGCGCGAGGGUGUAUCUAUACGCGUCUAUAUCACUCCCGUCAAUCCAGAAGAUCGUACGCGGUGGGAUACUGGGCUUGCCACCGUCUCCGACUUCGUGAAACUCGGUUAG